AUGGAAGACACGGAGGAGGACCAUCGUUGGGCUUAUUAUACCCGAGUUUGCGUUGCUGUGUCUGCUCUGGCGGCCGUACAGCAGUGCCUCGCAUGGAACAGGCGCAUUUCCGCAACCAAAACCAAGGAGCGCCGGCGCAACUCUAUCAUCGACCUCAGCAAAUGGCCUGGAGGAGCUCUGACGGUAUACUUCGGCUCUCAGACGGGAACAGCAGAAUGCUUCGCCCAGAUCGUCGCUGCCGAAGGUAUUGUUCACGGGUUCAAGACAACUGUGGUCGACCUCGAAGACUUCAACGAAGAGCAAUUCGAGGGUGCCCACAAGGCUAUCUUCAUCAUGGCCACGUAUGGUGACGGGGACCCAACUGAUAAUGCCAGCGAGUUCUACAAUUUGGUGGCAAACAAAGCAGGUGGUAUGUCUAGUGAACGUCUCAGAUCGCUGCACUACACCGUCUUCGGUCUCGGGAACACGCAGUACGAGCACUACAACAUGGCGGGUCGGACCAUGUACGAAAACCUCCAUAAGCUUGGUGCCCAGCGCAUGUUCGAGUACGGGGAGGGUGAUGACGACCAUGAGCUCGAAGAAGACUUCGAAGAAUGGAAGGAGGCGAUGUGGGGGGUCCUCGUUAAACGGUUCGGCGGCAUGGGCGGCGUAGAUGGAGUAGACAAAGCUGUGGACCUACCGUUCUCCGUCAAGAUGCUUACCGAACAUGAAGCAGCUGCCAUUGCCUCGACAGAGGAGUCCAAGGCCGCUUGCUCAACAAGGUUUCAUUGGCACGCGGUUGAUGCCUGUGUCAGCAUCAAUCGCGAGCUCCGAGCUCAGGCUCCCGGGGUGGGAUCUACGCGGCACGUCGAGAUCGACCUCCAAGGCACCAGUGUAGGCUACCACACGGCGGACAACCUUGCCAUCUUGCCCUUGAACGACGCCACCACGGCGGAAAAACUGUGCGCACAGCUUGGCUACGAUCCAGACUCCUUCUUCAUCCUCGAGCAUGACGACAACCACAAGCCGGUGUUUCCCACACCUUGCACCGUGCGAGACGCGUUCCUGCGAUUCAUGGACAUUAUGGCCAUUCCUCGCCGCAGCUUGCUGGAGCAGCUGACGCCUUACGUAGAGGACGACGCUGAACGCGAGGCCAUGCACCUCCUGAGCUCGAAGGAGGGCAAGGAGAAGUACCACCGCGAGGUGGAGGAGCCUGGGUGGACGCUGGCCGACCUCAUCCUGGAGAGGUUCUCUAGCCUCAGCAUGACGUUGGAUCACUUUUUGCACGUCGUUCCCCACCUCCACCCCCGCUACUACACGAUCUCGUCGUCGUCGUCCGUGUCGCCGUCAAGGGUGCACAUCACUGUGGCGGUGCUGGAGCAAGACCGGAGCCAGGGUCGCCUGUAUCGCGGUAUCUGCUCGAGUUUCCUCAGCAGCCUGGAACCUCACGAUGGAGCUACGGUGGAGGGAGCCACCAUAGACGGCAGUGGGUCGAAGUGCCGCGUGUUCGUGCGAGAAUCGACGUUCCGGCUGCCGGCGGACUCGUCUAUCCCGAUCAUAAUGAUUGGGCCGGGGACAGGGGUCGCCCCGAUGCGCGCGCUGCUCCAGGAGAGGGCCUGGCAGAAGGAGCAGGGGUUGAGUGUGGGGCGGAACGUGUUGUACUUCGGGUGCAGGUGCAGAGACCAAGACUACAUCUACAGGGACGAGCUGGAGGCAUACCAGGCAGACGGGACACUUGACAGCCUUCGCUUGGCGUUCAGCCGUGAGGGGUCGUCUAAGGUGUACGUGCAGCACCUUCUCCGCGAGGAUGCUGCUGAGAUGUGGGGCUUGCUUGAAGGCGGUGCGUACGUGUAUGUGUGUGGGGGUACUAAAAUGGGUACGGAUGUACACAGCGAGUUCAACCACAUAGCUCAAAGUUGCGGGUUGAUGGGGGUGGAGGAGUCGAAGGAGUAUAUGAAGGGCUUGCACGACGCUGGUCGAUUCGUACAGGAGUUGUGGUCGUGAGUGAGUUUGUCCCCGACAGAGGUAGGGAGUUUUUAAGCUUGUUUUUGGGUGUACUCUCCGUGCGUAUUACUGAACUGCGUGUGCAUACACCGAAAAGUUGCACGACGUAAUCGCCGUAUGAUUAUCAAAGUUUUCUGUGAAAUGGACAUAUUGUUGCCGUGGUAGUGUCCACGGUGGACGUGGGAGCCGCUUGAUUCUCUG